AUGGGAGAGGCUGCGAAACUGGGAUGCAGAGUACAUCCAAAUCUGAAGCGUGCAACUCUGGAUCGUAGUCAUCAACUUGAACUUGCUGCUUGCAUAAUCAUGCAUGCACCAUCCUUGAGCCAAGUCCUUAUCAAUACUCGUCAGCGAGACCAGCUCCUUGAUUCCAUUGCCAGAGUCGGGCUUUUCGAUCCCAUUGAUGCUCAUAUACGUGAAGCCAAAAUGGGGUUGGAAACACCUCUUCAAGGCUACUCUGGUACCAACCAUAUAAAUUCCACUUAUCGAUGA